CUGGUGUUCCCUCCUCCCUGCAGUUUGGUUUUUCCCUCUAAGUGUCUCCUCUCCCUCUCCCGUUGCGCUGCGUCCACUCCAGUCGUGAUCAUGCACCGGCCCCGUCCUGCCCGGGGUCUGACGUUGUUAUUGCCGGUCCUGUUUUGGAUUUUCAGCCAUGUCAGCGGCGUGCACGGAGCUUUGCCAACAGCACAGAAGUGUGAUGAAGCUCUGGCCUCUCCUCUCCCUCACACAGCCUUCACCAGCUCGUCCAUCUUCUCCAACGGAUAUGCACCUGGAUACGCCAAGCUCAACAGGAGAGGAGGUGCAGGUGGAUGGUCACCUCUGGACAGUGACCAUUACCAGUGGCUACAGGUGGAUCUGGGUUCAAGAAAGCAGGUGAGCGCCAUAGCAACACAGGGUCGCUACAGCAGCUCUGAUUGGACAACGCGGUACAGACUCCUCUACAGCGACACGGGAAGGAACUGGAAACCUUAUCACCAAGACGGGAACAUUUGGGCCUUCUCUGGAAACUCAAACUCUGAGAGCUCAGUUCGCCAUGAGCUGCAGCAGGGAAUUGUUGCACGCUUCCUACGGCUCAUCCCACUGGACUGGAGCGAGGAAGGACGGAUCGGUCUGCGCAUAGAAGUGUACGGCUGCUCAUACUGGGCAGACGUGAUCAACUUUGAUGGACAGGGUGUCAUUUCAUAUCGGUUUAAGGUGAAGAAGAUGAAGAUCAUUAAAGAUGUAAUAGCACUGAGGUUUAAGACGUCAGAGAGUGAUGGUGUUAUUCUUCAUGGAGAAGGCCAACAAGGAGACUACAUAACCCUGGAGCUUAACAAGGCCAAGCUACUGCUGCAGAUUAACCUGGGCAGUAAUCAGUACGGCUCCAUCCUGGGUCAUACCUCUGUGACCACCGGCAGCCUCUUGGACGACAAUCACUGGCACUCAGUGGUGCUGGAACGCUACCGUCGUAACGUCAACUUCACCUUGGAUGGACACACUCAGCACUUCAGGACCAAUGGAGAGUUUGACCACCUGGACUUAGACUAUGAGCUGAGUUUUGGUGGGAUGCCGUACAGCGGGAAGCCACUGGGAGGAGGCAGGAAAAACUUUAAAGGUUGCAUGGAGAGCAUCAACUACAAUGGAGACAACAUCACAGACCUGGCCCGGAGGAAGAAGCUGGACACCUCCAGCUUUCGUAACCUGUCCUUCUCCUGCGUUGAGACCCACACCUUCCCAGUCUUUUUUAACGUCACCAGCUUCCUGCAGCUGCCAGGCCGAGCCAAUCACAACAUGAUAUCUGUCAGCUUCCAGUUUCGUACGUGGAACCCCAAUGGACUCCUUCUCUUCAGUAAUCUCUAUGACGGCACACUGGAGAUCUCCCUGGAGGAGAGCAAGGUGGUGGUUCACAUCAAUGUGACCAAGGGGGUUGGCAAUAUCCGGGUCGACUUAUUAUCAGGUUCAAACCUCAAUGACGGACAAUGGCAUUCAAUACGCUUAGUGGCCAAGGAGAACUUUGCCAUGCUGACGAUAGACGGGGAGGAGGCGUCUGCUGUGCGCUCCACUGCCCCUCUCAGUAUCACCACUGGAGGAACCUAUCACAUGGGAGGAUAUUUUCUGCAGACACCAUCCCCCCCCUCCCAGCGUUCCUUUCAGGGCUGUAUGCAAGCCAUCCUGGUAGAUGACCAACCAGCUGAUUUGCACGCCGUAGAGAAAGGCAUUAUGGGAGCUUUUGAGAACAUCAGCCUAGACAUGUGUGCAAUCGUUGACAGGUGUAUGCCCAAUCACUGUGAACAUGGCGGCCGCUGUAAACAGACGUGGGACAGUUUCAGCUGUACCUGUGAUGGAACAGGAUACACCGGAGCCACCUGCCACACGUCUAUCUAUGAACCAUCCUGUGAGGCCUACAAGCACAUGGGGAGGUCGUCAGACACCUUCUGGAUCGACCCUGAUGGCAGCGGACCCCUCGGCCCCUUUAAAGUCAACUGCAACAUGACAGAGGACAAAGUGUGGACAACAGUGAUGAACAACCUACCCCCUAAAACCACAGUGACUGGCUCCAGUAGAGAGAGACGGACCGUCCUGCAGGUGAAUUACAGUGCCUCCAUGGACCAGUUGACAGCCAUCACCGGCAGUGCAGAAAACUGCGAGCAGCAAAUCGCCUACAGCUGUCGCAUGUCCAGACUGCUCAACACUCCAGAUGGGACUCCCUACACGUGGUGGGUGGGUCGUGGCAGUGAGAAGCAUUUCUAUUGGGGGGGCUCAUCACCCGGCAUCCAGAAAUGUGCCUGUGGCAUCGACAGGAACUGCACUGACCCAAAGUACGACUGCAACUGUGACGCCGACCACAAACAAUGGAGAGAAGACUCAGGCCUCCUGAUUAAUAAAGAACACCUGCCUGUCAGCCAGGUUGCCGUGGGCGACACUAACAGACCAGGCUCUGAGGCCAAGCUGACCGUUGGACCACUCCGUUGUCAUGGAGACACUAACUACUGGAACGCCGCCUCCUUCACCACCCCAUCAUCCUACCUGCACUUUGCCACCUUCCAGGGUGAGACCAGCGCCGACAUCUCCUUCUAUUUUAAGACCAGCGCACCCUACGGAGUCUUUUUGGAAAACCUGGGCAACACUGACUUCAUCCGCUUGGAGCUCAAAUCUCCAAACGUCGUCUCUUUCUCCUUCGACGUCGGAAAUGGACCCGUGGAGCUGAUGGUCCAUUCACCGGCGCCGCUCAAUGACGACCAGUGGCAUCACGUGAUGGCUGAGCGAAACAUUAAAGAGGCAGUCCUUCAGCUUGAUCAAACAUACCGAGCGUCUCAGCUCGCUCCUGCACAGGGACACACACGGCUAGAGCUGUUCAGCCAGCUCUAUGUGGGUGCUGCAGGGGGGCAGAGGGGCUUCCUGGGAUGUAUCCGAGCCCUUCGGAUGAACGGCAUCACCCUGGACCUGGAGGAGAGAGCCGAGGUGACGCCUGGAGUCAAACCUGGCUGUCAAGGUCACUGUACCAGCUUUGGGAUGUACUGCAGGAACGGAGGGAAGUGUGUGGAGAAAUACAAUGGAUAUUUGUGUGACUGUACAGACACAGCGUACGACGGGCCGUUCUGCACCAGAGAUGUUGGAGGUUUCUUUGAAUCAGGAACAUUGGUCAAGUACAACUUCAUGCCUGAAGCAGUUGCAGGAGCCAGCAGAGACUCAAAGAUCCUGACACACCAGCUUACACCACAGGAAGUGAAUCUAACAAAAGAGGAAGUGGCCUUCAGUUUCAGCACAUCUUAUGCUCCAGCUAUUCUGAUGUAUGUCAGCUCCAAGACUCAGGACUACCUGGCUGUGGUUAUACGGCAUGAUGGUUCACUGCAGGUCCGUUAUAACCUUGGAGGUCUGAAGGAGCCGUUUUCUAUAGAUGUGGACCAGCGCAACCUGGCUAAUGGGCAACCACAUAGCAUCAACAUGUCCCGUGUUAACAGAAGCAUCACCAUCCAGCUGGAUCAUUACCCUCCUGUCAGCUACACCCUCCCAGACGCCUCAGACACACAGUUCAACCUGGUCAAGACUCUGUUCCUGGGUAAAGUCUUUGAAACUGGACACAUAGACCCAGUCCUCAUCGAGCGCUACAACACCCCUGGCUUCAUCGGGUGCCUGUCCAGGGUGCAGUUCAACGGAGUUGCCCCUCUCAAAUCUGCACUGCGAACAGUCGCACAAGCGCAGGCCACAACCGCAGCCGGACAGACGGACAGACCACCAGCAGCCACAGCGCCGGUGUCAUACCAGGGCAAACUUGUUGAGUCCAACUGUGGGGCGUCACCUCUUACCAUUCCACCCAUGUCUGCUGCAACGGAUCCGUGGCAUCUGGACAACACAGAGUUCCCCUUCAAUGAGGAGAGAGUGAUUCCUGAUGGAGUCAACAGAGACUCAGCCAUCAUAGGAGGUAUCAUUGCUGUGGUGAUCUUCACCAUCUUAUGCACGCUGGUGUUCCUGAUUCGCUACAUGUUCCGUCACAAAGGCACCUACCACACCCACGAAUCCAAGAGCAGCAGGGAGUCUGCAGGAGAGUCAGCAGACACGGCCAUCAUUGGCACAGACAACCCAGAAACCAUCGACGAAUCAAAGAAGGAGUGGUUCAUCUAGCAGCCAAUGAGAGAACUCUGAUUGGACCACCCGUUGGUUUAAUGCAAUGGCCAAUCAAGGGAAAGGUGAAGGAGAGGUCUUUCAAUAAGGACAAUAAUCUCCCAGGGAGAGCGGGAAUGUGCGAAAGACAUGUACAGAAAUGUUUUGUUUGUUUGAUUUGUAUUUUUAUAUAUCCAGAGUAUUAGAGUGAGAAGAGGGACGGUGAUGCAGCGGUGCACAGCUGUGAAGCACUGUACACUAACCGGCAUAUCCUCCUCUGUAUUGUCUUGGCAGAUUUCAGGAGUCAUUUGGGUACUGAUAAUGACUGUACUUACCGGGUCAUAUGAUGGCACUAAUUUGUUGUGUUUUUAAAUUUAUUUUUUGACAAAAAUGGAAUAUCAAAAAAAUUAUCAAAUCAACAUGCCAAACUUUUUUUGUUUUGUUUUUUAAUUCACUAGGCUGUGGUCGCACCAGCCUGUCAAUAAUCAGACUGACUGCCACCUCUGCUGUGGUCAUACAGAGAUGCAUACAGAUGCCAAACCUCACUUUCUGAAUACAUUUGUUUCUUUUCUUUAAAUUUUUAUCCAGAAUCUAAUAUAUAAACACUACUAAGAGUACAGAUCUAUCCUGGAUUAUUAUCAAACUGUAUGUGUGUCCAUUACAUUGUAUAUGUGUGAAAUAUGAAUUUUUAUGUUUAAAUAUUAUGACAUGCGAUUGUAUGGGACAAUCCUUCAUGAGGAUGGGCAGAGAAGGGUUUCUCAGAGCAUGAUGGGAAAUCUUAACACUUCAUGGUUUGUUUAAUUCAGCAUGGCAGCUUUUUUCUUUUCAUACUAAACAAGGGAAACCAGGAGCCUUCAGACUCAAGCAGUCAGUUUGUUUUUUUGCCAAACUCUUGAGUCUAACAUCUCUGUUAGAUCAGCUUGUAUUUAACUUUGAGUUGAAGAUUUGACUCCAUAUUUUUACAUCUCAGACUAUUUAGCCGAGGAUUUACUGUGCAUGCAUGCAACCGUGCAUUUAUUUUCAGGUUACAUGAGUAGAAAUUGUUACAGUGGAUAAAAGAGAUAUAGAAAGGACGUUUUGGACAGUCACAAUAAGUUGCAGCAACUUCGCAAGUAAUAUUUAUGCACUUAACUCCAUGCAUUUGAACACUAAAGUUGCAAAGUUUAUAAAAGCCUCAUGAAAUAUAAUAAAUAUUUAGGAUAGGAUGAGACAAUUGGCUUACUGAUGCAUUGUGCCUUUUAAGGUGUUGAGCCAGAUCGCCUUGCCCCAGGCAACACAGAAAUGCAACAAAAACUUGCUGCAUAAAUCCUCUUUAAUCAAAGCUUUCAGGUCUUAUUAUUUCCUCUGAUUUAACUGGUGCUUUUUUAAUUAACGGAUAAAUUCAGAAUCCUGUUCAUCAGUUUAGAAGGCAGACACUUUUUGCAGCAUAACUGUGCAGCUUCUGCAGCAAAAGCCCUGACCAAGAGGAGAGCUGUAAGAUGCACAAUACAUAGCAAGUGCAUAGCCACCCUCUGUGACGCACAAACAUGCACAAUAAAGCAUGAGUCAAGGUUGUUCUUUCAAUUCCAGUGAGGAGGCUGCAGGUUUGCUGCAGCCAUUCACCAUGCAUUUAAGCUUAUACAGUAUACAGUCUAAUCUUUUUUGUCUUUGUUUCUGACGUUUACGUACCAUAGCAUUUACUGAACAAGGUGUUUGAGUUGAAAGCCAGCUGCCAACUUUGACAUCGCUUUGUGAAGUUCAUUUCUGUAUGUCUGUUUGGUCAAAUUAAUGCCAUGCUAUGGAUGAGUGCAAGCUGACAUGAGAGAUAUUUGUCUGAAAUCUCAGCCUGCCUUCUGCUGCAGCCUCAAAGACUCUGUCCAAACUUCACAUCCAUGAAGGCAAAACCUGUGACUCUCCUUUUUUAAUGAUUACUUUACCAAGACGAUAUAUAAUUCUGCACACCUGCCCUUGACUUGUCAUUUAAUUAUAACCAUUUAUCAGCUCAACAAAC